AUGAACCCGAGGAGUAUCUGCGUGCUGUUGGCCACGAUUGCUUUGGCCUGCAGCGCACGUGCCGCAUUGCGUGUGCGCCAGUCGAGCCGCUUGGCCAGCACCACACCCGCCACCGUGGUGGCUGUGGCCACUACAACGGCGGCUGAGGACUCACUGAAGAAAACAGUGCCCGAGGUCACAGAGUCAGCUGUGGAGCAGCCGACGAGCAAGCAUAAGCGCGGCAUCUUGCAUGGCGGUGCUGCUCUGGGUGGGGCCCACUGGCCAACCCGUACCUAUGCCGCCCACUACGGGUAUAGCUUGCAGCUGCCCGGCGCUGCUACAUUCCUGGCCGCCGCACCGGCCGCCCAUCGAUCGCAUGGCUUUGUGAAGUAUGCCGCUGCCGGUCUUCCGUUCCAUGGUGGUUUCCACUACAAGCCUUAUGCGCUGGCAGCCGCUGGAGCCACACCUCUUGGCACCGGCGCCUUUCUACCCACAUCCGCUGUUGGAGCGGCAGUUGGAGCGUUGCCCGCUAUCGGUGGUAUAGCUUCGGCUUUGGCACCCGCUGUUGCACCGGCAGUGGCCACUGCCUUAGCCCCUGCUGCCCCCGCCGUGCCCGCGCCAUCGUAUGUGCUCCGCCCGGGCAAUGCCCUUGUCUCCUCAUACAGCGUCAAUUAUCCGCAUCAUCAUUUCCGCAAACCAAUUGUGGCUGGUGCUGUAAAGCCGCUUCACUUCCAUGGCCACGCCUUGCAGCCCACAUUUGUUCAAGCUGCUGGUCCCGCACUGCCAGCACUGCCGUCCCUGCCAAGCUUACCUAGCCUGCCUGCUGUGCCGUCCGUUGGACUGCAGCCAGUGCAGCCGGCGGUGCAGACUGCCUUCGCCGUGCCCAGCGUGCAGCCAGUGGCUACGCCCGUGCCAGCCGCACCUGUCCCCGCUAGUCCACCGAUGGCUGCUGAGUUCCCCAGUUUUCCGCAAUUCCCCGCUUUUCCCCAAUUCCCCACAUUUGUGAGCCAAGUGCCUCAGUUCCCACAGGCACCACAGGCACCCGCGGUUCCGCAGCAGCCACCCACAUUUGUGCAGCCCGAGGCACAGUUUCCAGGCGGCUUAUUCCCAUUUGCGCCUCAGACGCCCGCUGAGCCGGCACCGCCAUCUACCAGCCAAUUCUUCCCCGCCAACGUGCAGCCACCACUGCCGCAGCAACCGCCCACAUUUGUGCAGCCCGAGGCCCAGUUUCCAGGUGGCUUAGUGCCACUGGUGCCACAGUCACCUGCCGCUAAUGUACCCGGUACACCAACAGCUCCACCCACAAGCCAGUUCUUCCCCGCCAGUGUGCAGCCACCCACUUUUGUGCAGCCCGGAGCACAAUUCCCAGGUGGCAUAGUCCCGUUACCAGGCUCUACGCCAGUGCAACCGGAGACCGGUACGGCCAUAGCGUCACCCCAAAUACCGAAUGUGCCCGUGCCAGAAGCGGACCCUGAGCCCACGCAGCCAACUCAAUCGCAGCCUCAGCCACAGCCACAGCAGCCAUGGAGACCGGUCUUCUUUCAACCAUCAACGCCGUCGUCGGCGGCGACACCUCAACGACCUUCCAUCACACUGCAGCCUCCCUACGGCAGAGCGCCGGCUGAGGGCUAUCUGCCGCCUGUUACGUCGCAGUCCGCGGCACAGCUGAGCCCGUCCAGCAGCCAAGGUCACGGCAUCUUCGAUCAGCUGAGCGACGCUGAGAUCGAGCACAUCUUCGCUCAGGCAAAUCUGGCGCAGCAGCAUCAUCAGCCACAGCAAUAACAACAACAACAACGACAACAAAGGCAGGGAUGGAUUGACUUGGAUCAGCCAGUAAGUGUGGCUUAA